AUGGAUAUUGAUAUGGGGCAAAUGAAUUAUGAUGCACAACAAGAAGAAAUCAGGAAGCAGCAAGAGGAAGAAAAGAUUAGAAAACUCAAAUUCCAAGAAGAAACGGAAGAAUUAGAACAGCUAUGGAACGAAAUUAAAGAACACUUGGACGAAUGUAUUCAGAAUAAAACCCCUUUUCCGCCAGGAUUAGCAAAUUUGAAGAAGGCGUUGCUUGAUUAUAUUGAGGCAAGCGAACAAUCAAGAGUGAGAAGUCGAAAACCAGGAAGAAAUGAAAAUUGA